AUGACUGGUAUAAGAUUUGUAAUCACUUCUUAUAUGCAUGUUUGGUUAUAUGAACAUAUCAAUAUUUUGGAUGAGUUAUCAACACAUGGUUACAACAUUUUACAACAAAUUUUAGUCAUUUCUUUUGUUACCUGUUAUGAAUUUCUUGAAAUACCAAGUAAAAACAAUUAUUUUUUAUGUGCAUUAUAUUUUUUAUCAAUACUUAUUAGUAUUGAUUUCAUACAUUUUUAUAAAAAUGUUGCAAAUCUUGGUGAAAGAAAUUUUACCAAAGUUACUUUUUUACACAUUUUUCAUGGAAUACUAGCAAAAUCAACUGGAUAUAGACUUGCAAAAAUAGUAGAUAGUAGUUUUUUUGAUAGUGAAGAAAGUGAUAGUGAUAGUUUUUUGAAUGGUGUACUGGUUGAUAGAUUUCAUUUUAGAGUUAUUGAAGCUAAUGGAUUGGUGAAUAAUGAAUCUGACAAUGAAAAUUUUGACGAAGAAGGAUCUUUAAAAGAUAGUGCAUUUGACUCAAGUUCAUCAAGUAAUGAUUAA